AUGGUGGCGGCGGUUGCGUGGGCGGUUAUCCGUACAGCAACCUCAGCCAACCAGAGAAAUCCGACGUGCCCCUCCACGCAACUCCAGAUCGGCGUGUCGCCGUGUCGCUGUCUCCCUGUGGCCUGGGCAUCCCGGGCUAACUGGGCAAUCCAGUGGGCAAAGCUCCAGGGACCAGCAGCCCUGCAUGAUUGCUUGGCGCCGGUGGGACUCGCCCUGAUUGGCAGCCCAGGCACACCCGGAGACCACCUGGUUUCCCCUGAAGCCCUGGGAACCCGCUCCGUAUCCAAUCAUGGUCCUGGCGCCCCGGGCAAAUCAGACCCCCGCUGA